ACAUCUACAUGCAUACCUUUUGCUCUCAACUCCUCACGGGAUGGGGAAACAAUUAUCGGCGGAGACUGAGAGUUUUUACUCUGGCACUUGUGAUCUACUUGGAUUACAAGGCUGUGGUUAAAAGAGUACAAUGGUUUAGCAAACACCAUGAGGAUGCUUUAUGGGAAAGUGCCCAUAAUCGAAAUGCUAGACGAAUCGUCAAGUUUAUGAUUGAGAUGAAAGGUCUGUGGGUAAAACUUGGUCAAUAUAUGUCUACCAGAGCAGAUAUUCUCCCAGAGGCUUAUAGAUGUCUCUUCGUACAGCUGCAGGAUUCUCUUCCUCCUCGGGCAUUGAAAGAGGUCCACAGAACCAUAGAGAGGGAGUUGGGAAAAUCUAUGAAAGAUAUGUUUUCUCAUUUUUUUGAGGCACCUCUUGCGACUGCAUCUAUGGCACAAGUUCAUCGUGCAACUCUUAAAGAUGGCCAGGAGGUUGCUGUUAAAAUUCAACAUCCAGGCAUCAAGGAAAUUAUCUUAGAGGAUCUCAAGAAUGCGAAAUCUCUAGUUGAGUGGAUUGCAUGGGCAGAGCCAGAAUUGGACUUCAAUCGUCUGGUAGAUGAAUGGCACAAGGAAACAAUUAAAGAACUUGAUUUCAAUAUUGAAGCAGAAAACACCAGAAAAGUUUCCAUGAAUCUAGGAGUUGAAAGUGAGCAUGGGUGCAUGAAGCUCAAGGAAAGAGUGGACGUGCUGAUUCCUGAAGUUAUUCAGUCAACUGAGAAGUUGCUCAUUCUGCAAUACAUGGAUGGCAUUCGUUUGAAUGAUAUGGAUUCACUGGAAGAAUUUGGUGUGAACAAGAAAAAGCUUGUUCGAGAAAUUACACGUGCAUAUGCUCAUCAAAUAUAUAUUGAUGGAUUUUUCAACGGUGACCCACAUCCAGGGAACUUUCUUGUGAGCAAGGAACACCCUCAUCAGCCUAUUUUACUCGACUUUGGUCUCACUAAGUCAAUUUCAAGUUCUAUGAAACAAGCAUUGGCAAAGAUGCUUUUGGCUUGUGCUGAGGUGGACCAUGUAGCUUUAUUAGCUGCCUUCACAGAGAUGGGAUUUAAGCUGCGAGUUGAUAUGCCGGAGCAGGCUAUGACUGUUGUGACUUUAUUUUUUGCAAAUGCUAGGCCUGAAAACCAAAAAUCAUUGGCUGAAGAAAGAGAAAAGAACAAGCAGUUUCUUAAAGAAAAGAACUUGAAUGAGAAGCAAAAGCAAUAUUUUAAUCCCGUUGAUGCUUUCCCGGUUGAUGCAAUUAUAUUUAUGAGGGUAAUAAAUCUUCUUCAAGGACUUUCACGAACUCUUAAUGUUCGUAUUCCUUAUUUGGAUAUCAUGAGGCCAUUUGCAGAGUCUACAUUACUAGGGUCUGAGCCAUCAACAACAAACCAAUGGAUUUACAAUUCGCCUGUGCACUCAGAUGUGGAAGCCAAGUUGAGGCAACUGCUAAUUGAGCUGGGAAACGAGAAAAUACUUGGAGUGCAAGUGUGUGCAUAUAAAGAUGGCAAGGUUAUAAUAGAUACUGCUGCAGGCGUGCUUGGUAGAUGUGAUCCGCAACCUGUUCAACCUGACACCUUAUUUCCAGUUUUUUCAGCAACAAAAGGAAUCACUGCAGGGAUGGUACAUUGGCUUGUGGAUAAAGGGAAGCUCAAGCUUGAUGAUACCAUAACAACUGUUUGGCCAGAGUUCGGUUGCAACAACAAGGAUCUGAUAAAGGUUCAUCAUGUACUUAAUCACUCAUCUGGUUUGCAUAACGCUAUGACGGAUUUCUUGUGGAGCAAUCCCUUACUAAUGUGCGACUGGGGAAUGUCUCUUCAUCAUACAGCUAAGGCAGUUCCCGAGACAGAUCCUGGCUCACAGCAGCUGUAUCACUUCUUGUCCUUUGGCUGGUUAUGUGGUGGUGUAAUAGAGCAUGCAUCUGGAAAGAAAUUUCAAGAUGUGCUAGAAGAGGCUAUUAUUCACCCUCUCAACAUUGAAGGCGAACUGUAUAUUGGCAUUCCUCCUGGUGUGGAGUCUCGGCUGGCUUCACUCAGUCUCGAUGAAGAAGAGCUAGAAAAACUUCUUCAGAUCAAAUGCAUGCCAGAAAUGCCAUUCACCUUACAGCAGGCUAGUUUAACUGAGGUUGCUUCUGGCCUUCUCGCUUUCUUCAACACUUUAAACGUUCGACGAGCUACCAUUCCUGCUGCUAAUGGGCAUUGCUCUGCUCGUGCUUUGGCUCGAUUUUAUGCAGUUCUUGCUGCAGGUGGAUCCAUUCCACCACCUCAUUCACCUCUUUCCAAACCGCUCCUUGGUAGCCACACCCAUGUGCCACAAUUACUCCCCGACAGAUCACCGGAGAAGAAAUCUAAUAUCAAGGAUAUAAAUAACUCCAAGGUACCCAUAAAAAAGGUGAAAAAUGCAAAGACACACGUGGAUCCUAGCACUAGUUGUGACAACGGCAGUUGUCCAUUUACUACUAAAAGCGCGCAAGGUAGCCUUGCAUCCAAUGACAUCGAUAAUGGUACUUCAGAAACUGUAAGAAGAAUGUUUGACAACCCAAAGAUUCAUGACGCCAUCAUGGGCACGGGUGAUUACACAAGCAUGGUCAUUCCAGACGGAGACUUCGGGCUCGGUUUCAGGAAAUUCAAUAUGGCAAGUGGGAGUUUCGGGCACUCUGGAGUUGGUGGUUCCACUGGCUUCUGUGACACUCAGCACAACUUUUCCAUUGCAGUCACAGUGAACAGGAUGUCACUUGAUGGUGUCACCAGGAGGAUAAUUCAGCUGGUGUGCUCUGAGCUGAACAUUCCCCUUCCUCAAGAAUUUUCAAAAUCUGGAAAAUUAGGACCAGACAUGCAGUUUAAUCUGGGCAACAUGGGUCAGUAGAAAUUCCUGCUAAAAACUUUUGUUUCCCUUCACUCUCUGAAAUCAAAGUUUAUUUUCCUUGUUUGUAUGUAAUUGCACUGCAAUUAAAACAUAAUUUUGCCCUUGUGUUGCUAAGCUAUUAAGAAAUGGAACCUCUCUUUGUAAGGUUGCAACCAUUCCCUAGAAAAGGGGUAAGA